ACUCAGUCGGUGUUACGAAGAGUAGACUCACGGUCGGUGAUAUAUUCUCGUCUCACCUGUCAGGCUAUCGGAAAGCGUUACCUGUCGAACAUUUUGUCUUAUUUUUCUUUUCGGCUUUAAACUUUUCAAGUGCAUAUAGAUGUCUUAACAUGGAUAUGAAGAAGGUGGUGUGGAGGGGACACUGGGAUUUAAAUUUCACUGUCGUUCCAAAAGCUUCUUUUGGCUUGAAGUGAAGUAUACACCGGAGUAGACACCUAACGCCUUUUCUCACCAUUUUGUGUGAGAAAUUUAGUUCUUUUAGUUCAUUUUUUUUGCGCAGUCUUAUUGUGAGUGAAGGUUUUUUUUUCUUCAUUCUUGUUUUUUUUUCUGGCUGGAGCUUUGAAGCCGGGAUCGACCACUUGGAGGUGGUCCUGAAAAUGGAGGCUGUUAUCGAAAAGGACUGCAGCGCGCUUGGAGGACUCUUCCAAAUGCUUAUCGGAGACAUGAAGAGCAGCUACCCUGUUUGGGAGGACUUCAUCGCCAAGGCUGGAAAACUGCAGUCCCAACUGAGGGCCACAGUGGUUGCCUUGGCUGCCUUCUUGGAUGCAUUUCAGAAAGUGGCUGACCUGGCUACCAAUUCAAGAGGAGGAACGAGAGACAUUGGAUCAGCUUUGACCAGGAUGUGCAUGAGACAUCGCAGCAUCGAAGCUAAAUUCAAACAGUUCUCCAUGACCUGCCUGGAGGCUCUGAUCAACCCCCUACAAGAUCAAAUGGAGGAGUGGAAAAGAGGUGUCAACACCUUGGAUAAGGACCAUGCCAAAGAAUAUAAGAGAGCUCGACAGGAGAUCAAGAAAAAGUCAUCAGACACACUGAAACUUCAGAAGAAAGCAAAGAAAGCUGAUACUUUUGGUCGUGGCGAUAUCCUGCCCCAGUUGGACAGCGCAAUGCAGGAUGUCAGCGAUAAAUACAUUCUUUUGGAAGAGAUUGAGAAACAGGCCCUGAGGAAGGCCCUAAUAGAGGAGAGACAGAGAUUCUGCUCUUUCGUAGCCAUGCUGCGGCCUGUGGUGGAUGAAGAGAUUUCUAUGUUGGGAGAGGUCACCCAUCUCCAGGCAAUCUCUGAAGACCUCAAAUCUCUGACCUCAGACCCGCACAAGCUCCCCCCAGCCAGUGAACAAGUAAUCUUGGACCUGAAAGGUUCAGACUAUGCUUGGUCAUACCAAACUCCACCCUCUUCCCCCAGCACCACGAUAUCAAGGAAGUCCAGCAUGUGCAGUAGUCUGAACAGUGUUAACAGUAGUGACUCCAGGGGCUCCAGUGGCUCUCACUCUCAUUCUCCUUCCUCCUCUUCUUCCUCUUCUUCCUCACACCACCUCUUCCACCACCAUCAAACCCGUCACCGGUACCGCAGCUCCACGCUGUCUCAGCAGGCCUCAGCUCGCCUCUCCAGCAUCUCCUCCCACGACUCUGGCUUCAUCUCUUCAUCGCAUGACCAGUACGCAUCGUCCAAGUCAUCCUCACCGAUGCCUGCUGAAAGCAAGCCUUGUGCCAGUUCCAGCGCCUCUGAUGUGUCAGAGUGUGGGCAGCUUCACGGUGAUUUCAUCAGUGAACCCCAUUCUCUAGCAGCUGCUGCUACACCUCCGCACACUACUGACAAGCUAUCCAAUGGCUUUGACCACUACAGCCCAGCCAGCUCCCCUUGCAAUGGUGUGAGCCUGAACUCAGGCUCCAGCACAGCCUUCCCUUUCUUCCCUCCAUCCUCCACUUCCUCCUCCUGCCCCACACGUUCAUGGUCACGUCCCGCCUCAGCACUGCUGCCAGACUUCCCUCACCACUGCCCGAUGGGCUCUCUCAUGGUGCCUUCAUCUCGCGUCCCCAGCUGGAAGGACUGGGCAAAGCCAGGACCAUAUGACCAGCCCAUGGUCAACACAUUGCGCAAGAAGAAAGACAAGGGGCCUCCAGCUGUAGUGGACUUUAAUGGUGGUACGGGCACCGAAAGCACUGCACCGCAAAACCUUUCAACCCCUACCCCAAACUCUACCCCAACCCCAACUCCAGCUGAAAUGCAGACACCCCAAAAAGCUUCAGUCGAAGAGAGGAACAGGACAGCACCAGUCAAGGCUGGUGAAUUUGAGGCCCAUGAUGAACUGGCUUUAGCCUUAUCAAGAGGCCUGGAACUGGACACCCAGAGGUCCAGUCGGGACUCAAUCCAGUGUUCAAGUGGAUACAGCACUCAGACUAACACACCCUGCUGCUCUGAGGACACAAUACCCUCACAAGUGUCAGAUUAUGACUAUUUCUCAAUGGCUGGGGACCAGGAGCCUGAGCAGCAGCACUCUGACUUUGACAAGUCGUCCACUAUCCCCAGAAACAGCGACAUUGGCCAGUCUUACCGACGCAUGUUUCAGACCAAGCGGCCCGCCUCCACAGCCGGCCUGCCGAGCACACAGGGUCCCUUUCCUGCACAGGCGGGCUACCCCAAUGGAUCUCAUCCCUCCACACCCACCCACAUAGGAACAUUUACAGCUACUGGUCCUUAUCCUCCUACUCCAACAGGCAAUUCACAUCAUGGGUUUUACUCUGGAUCCCAUAAUUCCUCUGGCUCCUAUUCCACAGGGCAUGGUCCAGUCAUUGUCACCCCUGGUGUUGCCACAAUCCGCCGCACCCCUUCCUCAAAACCCUCGUCCCGCCGCGCAGGCUCAGUUGUAGGCGCAGGUCCUAUUCCUAUUCGCACAACAGUCAUCCCGGUCAAAAUUCCAACAGUGCCUGACAUGUCAGGGAUGGUAAAUGGGAGCAAGAGUGAGGAGCUAGGAAGAGAGAGUUCAGAUUGUCCCGCAUUUCCAGGAGGUGAGAAUGCUGGCACACUGCCCGUGGCGUCUUGGAGCGGUCAGGCUUCGACCAAUCCUCCCACCGUCCCGCUGUCCAACCAGCUGGCCCAGCAGCACCCUCACAAUGAGCCAGGAGGAGACAAGGCAGGAGAGGGGGCAGAUGGCAACAUGUUGUUGGCCAUCCGCAAGGGUGUCAAGCUCAAGAGGACCCUCACCAAUGACCGCUCUGCACCCCGUGUUGCAUAACGUCAGCGACCUCCUUCACAGCCCAGACCCACGAGACUCACAGGGUUCAGUUCAAUCACAGACAUUUGGAUUCUUAUUGUACGCGACAAAGAAAUUUCAGUUGUUUUAUGUGCCGCAUUUCCUGUUGGAGUGAAUGUUCCACUGUGACAAUACCUCCCUACAUAUGCCACCUCAAAUGAUAUGACAUACAGUAUACAAAUAAAUAACUGAAAUGGUACAGUAUAUCCCGCCUGUACCAUGAGUUAACCAACGUUACUCAGAAGAUGUUAAGUUGGACAUUUUGUGACAAAGAACGGACGUGUUUUUGCUGAUUUGAAUCCAUAGCUGUGCUAUUACAGAGUUCAUAAGAUGACGUGUCCGUAUUGAAUUUAAUUGGUUCGUGUUCCUACUCUAGGAGGCUGUUUGAACAUUGGGCCACAAUGAAAGCGAUGGAUAAUAUCUAGAGAAAGCUCACACAAGAAGGAGACAUGAUUGAAAUCCACUGUGUACCUAAAGGACAUUCUAGCAGCUGCUGACUGAAGCGUCUGUGCUCAAAGCUGUCCUGUGUACUUUCAGUCACCAAGCCUGCUGUUCUAGUGAAGGUUGGGGACUGCAUCGUAGAGCAUCACAUGGUGGAUGCUCUUCUGUAAAGGAUAACACAUUGUGCUCUUUACCCAUUUGUUGCCGUAUGUCCAUGACUUGUGAACCUUUGUUGCCAAAAAGCGUGUUGCUGCUUCUCACGUUAACUUGUAUGUUUGUUUUUUUUAAGAAUGGUCCCUUUAAAUAGUUUUAAUAUUGUGUAGCAGCACAACGCCAGCCUUGUUUUACAAAGUAAGUUCUAUAUGUACAUGCACCGUUAUCUUGGGGUAUGAAUUUGUUUUAGUUUUAUUAUUUUUACUGUUCAAGUCUAAUAUGAGCUACAAUAUCUACAUGCCGAGCUUUGUAUAACCCCUUUUAGUGUUUAUAAAUUGGCUUCUUUUCUCUAGCAUUUAUUGCUGUAGCCAUACUGCCACAUGCUGCAGAGUGAUAUAGUGCAUAAACCUUACUAAUAUAAAAAAAAAAUGUAUAUAAACAAACCUAAUAAGGAAGAGGUUGUAAAUAAUGGGGACUUUUCAGUCACCCACAACAGCAUGUAGCAUUUAUUAGAUUUGCUCAUCUUUCAUGUGUGGACAUUCAAGCUCAAACUUGUGUUAGAGGUAUAACGUGAAAUGACGACAACCAGACAAGUCCUGUGUGUACAAUCGCAACAAAGUCAUUUAUAUUAUUUAAGAAAUACCGUGGUUUCCUUUUUCCACCACAAGAGUAACAGGAGGCUUCCCGUCACACUGUUUGUGUGUUUCAGUUUCAGUUCAACACUGUGAGAGCAUUCUGACUCAUGACGUACAAGACAUGUAAAUAUUUAGCAGCCGGAGCAUUUUAAUUUAUUUUCCACAUCUUUAUUUUAUACUCCCACGUAACACAGUAGCUCUGCUCACGCACCUACGGUCUGAUGAUGUGUGAUGAAUCCCAUUUUAGCAACACUGUUGCCUUUCGUGCUAUGAAUCACUCUGGGUCCCUUAUUUCACACCUACAUGUAUAAACUCAAAUUGGUAUGAGCCGGCUGGUUAGAAAUUAAGUCACAGCUGUGAUAGCAGGCUACUACAUUUGUUUGACCUUAAGGUCGCUGCACAAGCUCACAAAUAUUGGCUUUGUAAUGGAGAUACUGUACUUCAUCAGUAUUACUGACAAUGCGGAGCAGAGCAUGUAGGUCUAAUCUCACCUGACUUACUUUUCAAAAGAUAUAUAAUAUAAUGAAUUACAAUCAAACACUAAGAAGGGUGGCAAUGAAAGAAGGCAUCUAAAUCUGUUGAUGUGACCAACCCUGAACAAUGAACAAUUGACCUCCAUACUGUUACAUUUCAAGCAAUGGUUGUACAGGUGAAGCAAUGAUUUAUGUGUCAAUAUUGUUGAAUGUCCACUGAAUAUACUGAAACUCUUAUUAUCCACCAGAAAUGUUUAUAUUUAAAUGUCCAGUAUACCAAUUACAUGUUAUAUCAAGAAUUCCUUAUUGUCUGCGUAUCUAGUGAUAUCAGAAGGCUAUACUGUACAUUGUGGGGGGUUGAAAUGUUUUUAGUUUAGUUUCUGCUCACGGAGAGUUGACCUAUCUACCUGUCCCUGCACAGUUUAACAGGCAAGGAUGCAAUUUAUUCCCAAUAGUUAAUGGUUGUUGACAGCUUUAGCAAUAUAAUAAAAAUAAGAAAUUUCA